CUCACGCAGCGUAGAGCCGUAGUUUGCAGCCAGCAGCAGCAGUCGUAGAAGCGGCAGUCCGUGUUGCGACUUGGACGGGUUGUAACUUGCACGGCUCGAGUAAAAAGAGAGAGAAAGAAAAAAAGAACAUCAAGUUAAAGAGCAACGAGAGGAGAUUCAUACGUACCGCAGUGACAUCGAAUCGAAUGGACGUCGUGCUGGCUGGCUGGUCGGUUGAAUUAGUAGUUACAACGGGUUGGUUAAAUUGCGUGAAAAAAUAUAACUGAUACGUUGUGCGACGUGAAAAUAUGCCUCGAUACAGUUGUAUUACAACCGAUUAAAGUGCGUGCUUCGAGAGAAAGGAAGAGAGAGAGACAAAAGAAGGAAAUCGAGAAGAGGAGAGGAAAAACGCACACACGUUACUCCAAAAAAAAAAAAAGUGCCUGGCGCACGAGUAUGUGGUGAUCGGUUGUUGUGUGAAGUGCGUAGGUAUUAAUAUAUAUUACUAUUAUUAUUAUUAUUGUUGUUGUUGAACUGAUAAAAGAAAAGCGAAGAAAGGAAAGGUUGACCGAGAAAACGAAAAAAAUAAAAUACGCAAAAAAACAAAACAUUCAGUUCUGGGGGAAAAAAUGUUCAAUCACGAAUACGAGAAGCGACUGUUGAAGCCUAAUAAUGAUAUCACGAUAGACGCGACGACGAUGAUGAUGGGCAGCGGUGCGAACUCGGGCUGUGGAACGCCCGUUUAUUUCUCGCCUACGAAAUCAACGAACAACAGUUUCGAUCGUUUCAUACCUACACGAUCGGGCAACAACUGGCAGACAACGUUUUCCAUGAUAUCCGAGGGCGGCAGGGCCGGCCUGGUGGCGAAGAAAACUCGAGAGAGCGGGGAGGCGAGUCGCGACGGUAUCGCCUAUUCCUGUCUCCUGAAAAACGAACUCCUGGGAGCGAGCAUCGAGGACGUGAAGGGCCAGUGCGAGGAACGCAGAGUCCUCUCGCCACUCGCGAGUAAGAAUCUUUUCAAGUAUACAACACCGACAAAGGAUCGAACCCUGCUGGACCAGAGCUCGCCCUACUCGCUGUCUCCGCUAAGCUCCAAGAGCCAAAAGCUUCUGCGUUCGCCCCGCAAAGCAACUCGCAAGAUAUCCCGGAUACCGUUCAAGGUUCUCGACGCCCCCGAGCUCCAGGAUGACUUUUAUCUGAACUUGGUCGACUGGUCUUCCCAAAAUGUCCUCAGCGUCGGCCUAGGCAGCUGUGUAUAUCUCUGGUCCGCCUGCACCAGUCAAGUCACCCGGCUGUGCGACCUUUCCAGCGAUAACAACAGCGUCACAUCCGUAGCUUGGAACGAGAGGGGGAACCUUGUCGCGGUCGGCACUCAUCUUGGCUACAUUCAGGUCUGGGAUGUCGCCGUUAACAAACAGGUCAGCAAGCUACAGGGACACAGCGCCAGGGUCGGAGCGUUGGCCUGGAACGGCGAAGUUCUGUCUUCAGGGAGCAGGGACAGACUGAUUCUCCAGAGGGACGUCAGAACGCCGAGCGUCGUCGGAGAGCGAAGACUCGGAGCCCAUCGUCAGGAGGUCUGCGGGCUCAAGUGGUCCCCGGAUAAUCAGUACCUGGCUUCAGGAGGCAACGACAACCGUUUGUACGUGUGGAAUCUUCACUCCCUGUCGCCUGUUCAGACGUACACCGAACAUUUGGCAGCCGUCAAGGCGAUCGCCUGGUCUCCUCAUCACCACGGCUUACUCGCUUCGGGUGGAGGCACCGCCGACAGGUGCAUUAGGUUCUGGAACACCUUGACCGGUCAGCCGAUGCAGUGUGUCGACACUGGAUCUCAGGUCUGCAAUCUGGCAUGGAGUAAACACAGCUCGGAGCUGGUCAGUACGCACGGAUAUUCUCAAAACCAGAUUCUGGUAUGGAAAUAUCCGAGUCUUACUCAGGUCGCUAAGCUCACCGGUCAUUCGUACAGAGUUUUGUACCUUGCAAUGUCGCCUGAUGGCGAGGCCAUUGUGACUGGUGCUGGCGACGAGACUUUGAGAUUUUGGAACGUUUUUAGUAAGGCGAGAAGCCAAAAGGAGAACAAGUCUGUACUGAAUUUAUUUACCAGUAUUAGGUAAAUAUUUGUUCGGAGUAAUAGGUAGUAGUAGAUAGCCGAUAGACAUUACUUAUACUUCUGGUUUUUUUUCCUUUUUUUUUUUUACACUCUUUCUCUCGUCAAAUGUACAUAUUUGUAUGUUAUACAAAAACAUUAUACAAUUUAUACAUGUAUAUGUAUAAUAUGUAUAUGCAAUAUACGAUAGACCGCAAAUUAUAUAUACAUAUUAUAUAUACAUGUAUAAAUUUAUACAUAUAUAUAUAUAUAUCGGUUGUAAAUCAUGCAAAAUUAGUAAUCAUGAUAUAUACACGAAUGCAGUAUAUGUACAUGGGUAUGUAUUACGUGUGUAUAUGUAUAUCGGCGUGCUUAGCGAUAGAAUGAAGAAUCCUCGAUUUGGUUUUCAUUCGUAUUCUUCUUUCUCAUAUAUUCUCGCUACUUAUCAACUCUUCAAAUCUGUUUCGUAUCUAGUCUGAUAUUCGUGUCUUUAUUUUUUUAUUGCCUGUAUCAAGAAAUCUCAAAAUUACUUAUUUCUAUUACGCUCCUUCAAUUGACGUAAUUCAUCGAAGAUAAUAUGAAAUUCAACUUCAGUAUUGUUGUACCUUUUAUGUACAGUGUGUACCCGUUAUUCAAGUAGCAUUCAAAUAUCCCUCAAGAUGCUGUUUUUUAAAUCACAAUUUGUCUUACGAAAUGAAAUAUGCUAGAGUCUCGUGGAUAUUUGUUGAAGACUAGAAAUGAUAGAUUUGAAGAGUUGAGGUGAAAGAAUAUCAGCAUGGGCAUCUCUAAAUUCUAUUUUCUAAUAACCAUAAACACCAACAAAUUUAUGAAUGUUAUAACAUAAGAGUAUGGGUGCGCCACAAGCUGUGUAAUACCAGUGAGUAUGGAUCUAGGCUUUUUAGACAAAUAUUACAAUACACCACGUACUAGAGUAAGUUCAUGGAGACGCACACACGCAAAUAUAUAUAUAUAUAUAUAUACACGCGCAUAUAUAUAUGUAUAUAUUUAUAUAUUAUAUAUUAUAUGCAGCCUGCGACACGCCGAGCCUUGUGUGCAAUAAGUCAUUAUUACAGUCGAGACCGAAUCUGCCCUUUCAAGAAGAGAAAUACCAAAGCAAACUGCAGGGCGUAAAUAAAGUUACGCUUUAUAUAUUGUAUAUUAUAAGUGCAUCUAUUUACUAUGCACAGAUUGUGUAAAUUAUAUUCCUUUUUUUUUUCUUUUUUUUUUCCCCACUCAACGAGUUCGGAAAUUAUAAUAAUCGCUGUAGAUUAUUGAACGGCUGAAUUUUAAAGGAAAUGAAUUUCUUGGGUACGUGUAACAAAAACUAAAGCUUACCAAAUAUUGAGAGAACGGAGCUUUUAGUUUUCACUUUUGUUUUCUUUGAAGCAAGAAAAUAUAUUCAGAGGACAAUCCUGGUAGAUGAGUGUCAUUUGUAAUUUUGUCCAGUACAAAGUACUAAAUUGUCGAUUAUUUUUGGACAAGCUUUAUUACUAUCACUAUUAUUAUUAUUUUGUUACUAUUAUUAUUAUUAUUCAUAUUACCUUAUUAGGAAGCACUUACGUCUUUGAGACAUAUAUAUACAUAUUUUUAUAGCACGCUGUGAUCGGCCGUUAUGUUUGCGGAACACAUUUCGUAUGCAGUUUAAACUUGGGCCAUUAAUUUAGGAUAUAUGAAUGCAUACAUAUAUAUAUAUAUAUAUACAAAUAUUUAUUCAACUAUAUACUGUAUAUAUAUGUAUACGUUUUUGUUUCAAACAUAUAUAUAUAUUUUUUUUUUUUUAUCCUCACCAACGUCAUUUCGCUCGCGUUUAUUUUGACGUCGUACAGCCGGGAAGUGAAGAAUUAAUAUUAUUUUUUAUUUUAUAUACAAAUUUUUAUUUAUGUUUCUUAGAAUCUAGCUUACCUUAGGAUAAAAUUCCUGUAAUAAUUUUUCAUAUUAUUAGUUGAACGAAGGCGAGGAGCCCAUAAAUGUGUAGAUAUUUUUUUUCUUUCGAUUCUUUAACCCGCUAAUUGUUUAUUUAUUUUUUUUUUUUUCUCCCUCACUUUUUUUUCAGUUGGUUGUAGUUUCUUAAAAGGGCAGAUUAUUCAUAUUAUGUGUUUUUAUCUCUCUUGUAACGUAUGUGCUGUGUCCGCUCGGGUAUUGGCAGGCUGGCCAGUCAGACCCCUUAAAAAUUUAUACAGACACUAGAAGGCUGUUUUCCUUGCCCCUCCUGUCGAGGGGAUUUAUUUCUAAAUUAUGAAUUAUACGUAUAAUUGCUUAGAAAACGUGUUUUCAUUUUUUAUCCCUCUUUUUUUUUUUUUUUUACCUUCAAUUUAGAUACAUCAUUUAUUCUUACUAUGAAAAAUAAUAUAUGUAUAUAUAUAUUUUUACUUUCUUUUUUUCUCUCAUACUUCUCGAUAAUAUACUAUACCUGACAAGAAACGCAUAGAAAGAAAAGAAAAAAAUUUACCAACGAAAAAUGAAGAAAAAAAAAAAAAAAAACGAAAAUUCAAUAUCCUAAUAUUUUUGCAAAGUCAAGUAAUUUGUACAAAUUUAAACUGAAGCAUGAAUUUACUAAUUUAUAUAAAGCAAAACUAAUAUAUUAUAGUUAUCUAUUCACUGUCGUGUGUAAAAAAGAAAAAAGAAUUAUUCACUUCCUCAGAUAUUUGAACGAGGUACAAUUUUGGAUAUUAUUCAAGUAUUGCU